AUGCCACAACCCAGAGCUGGAAAUACAGACGCAGCUAUUUUAAAACGGAGAUCUUUCGCCGUCAGAACACGCAGCGGCCCCUGGAGCUUCCGCGCCCGGCAAACUCCCUCUCCCGCGGGGACAGAAACCACGACGCGGCUUCCACGCAGCAGCCGCUGGGGCCGGGCCGGCAGCCGCCAGAGCCCGCGGGCCGCACCCCGCCGAGGCGGCCGGAGCGCCCCCGGGGACGGGGCGCGGGGUAACGGCGGCGGCCGCGGCGCAGCACCACGAAUCCUCACCUGGAACGGGGCCGAGGCGGCGGCUCCUCGGGGCGGCGCGGCGAGUCCCUGCGGCGCCCCCGGCCCCACAGGGGAUGGUAGCCGGGCCGGCCCGCGGGGAGGGGUAACGGCAGCGCGUAGGCGGAGGGCGCUCAGCGGGUCACGGGGCGGCUCGCAGCGCUCCCCACGGGGGUUGAACCCCUCGCCGCGGCCGCCGCCAUCCCUGCGGCAGUGCCGGCCGGAGCCCGGCCGCGCUCACCCGCGCCGCCGCCCCCGCGCUCGCCCCUCCUCGGCCGCGGCGCCACCAAGCCCGCUGUCCGCCGGGGCACCACCCACAUCCCAUUUCCGGAGCGGUGAUUGGGCAGCUGCGGAGAUUUCCCACGAACGAUUGGCUCUCAAUGCGGUCAAUCCGGGCACCGGGGGCGGGCGCACUUGGACGCGGCGCUGUGCAGUGCGGGGUUGGUUGAGCCGGCGAGCGCCGGUACAGCCGCGGCCGCCCCCGCGCAGCCUCGGGGCAGAGGCGCGGGAUGGGCGCCGGAAUUCCCGUUUCCGAGGAGCUUCCGAGGGGCAGCGUCCGUGCGGGAGGCCGGCGCUGGCCCUGGGCGCUCACCGCCGCAGGGCCGCCCCCGGGGGGGAAGCUGGGUCCUCGCUGCGGUGCCGCCUCCGCCUCAGCAGUCGGAGCUCGGCCGCGCUGUCCGUACCUGGGCGGACUGCCCAGGGCCUGAUGGGUGCAGUCUGCUGCCCGGCCGCGGGCGGGGCGAGAGGGCUGAGGAAGGAGAGGCCGGGUUGGGGGAGGCGGGUGACCGGGCGUCGCCUCGGGGACCUCUGUCCCCUGCGGGAGCGCAGCAGGGCUGUCACCCCUGGGCUCCGCUCAGUGACAGUAGGAAACAGUGGAUGUGUCCCGUGCCUAGGUGAGUACGGCAUUCGAAGGGAAGCCUUCCCACUCUCACUGGUUAUUCCUUACUGCAGGCAGGACUCUCGAGCCUCGUGAGGCCACGGAGCGGGCGCUCCUCGGUGGGUGCCAUCAUCGCACAACAGCCCCCAGGACGCGUUUGUAGGCCACAGUGUCAGCCCAGAGCCCGGAUCCAUCUGGCAGACCAACAGCUAGGAGAGACCUGUUCUGUGGGAAGGAGGAAGGACAGAUUUGCUGUGCUCACAGUAGCUUGGAUGAAGUGAGUAAAAACACCGUAGUGUUUCCCUCGUGUGAAGUUUCCUUAAGCGAGGAAAAAAAAAAAAGUGCCUUUAUUUCCCUACUGCCAGCCAGAUAAGAAGAUAGCGUGAAUAAUUUAAGCCCUUUCUUCAUUCAUAACAAGGAGAUCAUAGUUAAAGAGUAGGGUUAGGAAACAGUAUCUCCUACUGCUACUUUAUGAAAAGAAAGAUUUUAGCGCUGAUAGUUUAUAGUUGAGUUACCCAGAAGUGGGAGCUGUGAACCAAACCUAGCAAUGAACCCAAACAGUUGCGAGUUGCUCAGUGUCAGCUUCAGGAAGAUGCUUCUUCCCUCGCAAAGGGAACUGCCUCAAGCAGCGGGCCACCAGUCAUAGCGGUGUGGAUAAACACUGGUGAUAAGCAUAUGCUUCUCUAUAUGUAGUGAAUGCAUAUGCGUAUUAUGUGUCCUAACAAUUGAAGCAGUUAAUAACAAAGCUGAUAGACUGAAGAAAUGUUCAUUUUGUGAAUAGAAAUGAACCAAUGUUGAUGGUAAUAUGUGGAAAGAGUUGCGCCUUUUUUCCACAAUAGUAUAUCUUUACCUGGGUUACAAAAUGGAGUUACAAGUUUUGCUUACCUUUAAAAGGCACUUACAAUUUCUCAGAUGGAAAAUAUUCUACUGAAACUACAUAUUCUUUCAAAUCUGUCUUAAAGGCAAAUUGCAAAGGUGACAGUUAUUCUAGGAUAAACAGCUCUUCUUAUGCAGCAAACAAAUAAUUUUUUUUUCACGUUCACUCUAAAGUAGACAGUGUUUUUCCUCCGAGAUUAUAACUGAAGGUAGAUAAAUAUCCUAACCACCUCUUAUUUUAAGUAAAUAAGUUUUGCCAACAAAACUUGCUGUAUGCUAAAUGUAAUGAGGAGCUUGUGAAUAUGAAUCUGUCUGUGAAGUGUUUUAUUGUUCCCCAAAUAAUUGACAUGUUGCCUGAGGUGUACAAUUCUCAGGAGAAUUUUCUGAUUCAAUUAAAGAGAACAGAAAGGCCUUAACAAACUUGUUUAUCUGGUUUGUCUGUUUACCUGUUCAUUGCAGAUCCACAGGGCAUAGUUUCUCUCAUCACUUUGGAACUUCACAAGUUAAUUCAUUAUCUAAUACAAUGGACAUGCAUAUUAUCAUGGGAAUCACACCAGGUGUACACGUCUUCUUAGCUCACUGAAAGCUUUAAAAGACCAAAGAGCCUUUCCUUCAUCAUCAGUCAAAGUACAGUGAUCUGUAAGUUUCCAAAUUACCAUGUGAUCUUCAUAAGCAGACAAAACCCGAAUGGUUCAAAUAGAAGUCAAGCAGGGAAUAAAAUAAACUAAAACUGAGACUUUUCAAAGGGAAAAUCUGUUUCCACUUAUGUGAAGGAAGUCCUUACAGAAAAGAUCUAAUCUUUUUUAACUCACUGCUCCAGAAAUACACCAAGAAGUUCUUCAAUGCUUUCUGUUCUACUAUUUUAGGUUCAGAGAUGUUGGUAAGUAUAACGGAUACCAGCACUUCCUCUGUCAGUGCAAACUUGCAGAAUAUCUUUACCACACACCAAAGUACCCCAAACAACCAAACCCAAAAAACCACCAGCACAUUAAAAUCUCUAUGUAAAUAUGAAUAUGAAAUUGAGCUACUCUAGUUUCUUCUAUUUUUUCUUUCUCUCCCCCAUUUUUUUUGAUAGUACACGUAGUUUAGCAUAGAUGCAAUGUGUUUAUUUCCCUUGGGGGAAGUUACCCUGAGCCAAAAACUGUCCUAUGCCCUUUCGUCAGCUCUUACAUUGUUAGCUGUAGUUGGCUAUCUCAAUGUAAAAAUGUGUCUCUUUUUGUAGCUGUUAGUCAGCAGCUGUAAACCACAGCAGAUGGGCACCUCUGUGUUUGUUCUGGAGAUUUUUAAGUAUCUCAGGUGGUGCAAAAUAAAUCAGUAAAGCAAACUGUCCUGGUUUCAGAUGGGAUAGAAGUAAUUUUCUUUAUAGUAACUGGUACAGAGCUGGAUUUAGUAUGAGAAUAAUGUUGACAGCAGGCAGAUGUUUUAGUUGGUUUUGAGUUGUUCUUACUAUAAAUCAAGGAUGUUUCAGCUUCCUGUGCUCUGCUAGUGAGGAGGUGCCCAAGAAUGGAGGGGAACACGGCCAGGACAGCUGGCCCAAACUGUCCAAAGGGAUAUUUCAUACCACAGAACAUCAUGCCCAGUAUAUUAAUAAGGGAAGGAGUUGGCCAUGAGGAACCAAUGGCUGCUGGGGGACAGGCUGGGCAUUGGUCAGUGGGUGGUAAACAAUUGUAUUGUGCAUCACUUAUUUCUCUUGGGUUUUAUUUCUCUCUCCUUUUCAUUGCAAUUAGUAGUAGUAGUGGCGACUAAUGAUUAUUAUCUUUUAUAUUUUGUUUCAAUUAUUAAAAUUGUUUGUAUCUCA